AAUCUUUAGGCCGGGCGUCCAUUUUCUGUUUCUUCUCUUUGUUUCCUGUCUUUAGAAACCCGCCGUUUCUGCACGCGCACUUAGCAAACCAGCUAAUAUGCCUCUUAAAGUUAACCAAUUUCCAACCAUACACGGACAAAACAGUUUAGAAAAAACAUUUAGAUACACAAACGUCAAAUCCCCGAGGUUUUAUUCAUAAUAUGUACUAUUUUAAGCCGUAAAACAUUUUAGCUCGCGCCUAUCGCCCUGUUCGCGCCCCUCCUCGAGCAGUUAAAUUCAAACCCGAGGCGAUGAAACAUUGACCCGGUUUUGCGAUACUAAAGUCCCAUUACGAUGGCCUCUGUUCGCUCUUCGGUCCUUAUCACUCCUAAAAUCCAAAAUGACGUGUUUUUAAGUCUACGUUGGAUACAAAAAAAUAACUGCGUCUUUGAUUUAGCAUAUGUCCUGUCGUCGAUGCUAGCGUGUUGCGCAGGUUAAAAUGAAACGAGGAAGAUGCCGUUGCCAAACUAUAAGGAUAGCCAUUUUCGAUAAGCAAGACCGAGCCUCGCCUUACACUCCACGAAUCCCAGCGUUUAUCGCCUGAAAACAGCCGGAUCGCCGCAGUCGUUGGUGUCGGUGCGACCGCUCACUCUUGAAAGACUAACCUCAAGCAACAAACGACUGAAGGGAUAAAAACUGUAGAGAGCUCCCUCUACAACCCGACUGGUAGUGGUACAAAAACACGAUUAACCAUCGCAGAAUGCCCUCUUGCUGUGGAAAAUUAUAAGGGUGUUUUAAAACGUGUGAAGGUAUUACCCAUGGAAGGGGGACCGACUGAGGCGGUGGUGGAGGAUGCAGGGGAUGCUUUUAAGGCCAAGGAAUGCAAAACCUACCAAAGGCGGCGAGAAGAUGAGGAAGUGGGAGCUGAAUUGCUGCAGGCUGCUGGAUUAGAGCAAGUCCAGAUUGAAGGACAGCCUGUGGUGGAGGCCCAGCAACAGUUGGUCGAGAGUGUAGUUAAUGUCAACAGCAGUGUGGAGAUGAUGGUGAUGGACACCCUGGACCCUGCCCUACUCCAGAUGAAGACUGAAGUCAUGGAGGCUGCUGUUGGAGCACCUGUUGGUGUGGCUGGUGCUGCCCAUGAAGCCACAGUCACAACUGUCGAUGACACUCAGAUCAUCACCCUGCAGGUGGUGAACAUGGAGGAGCAGCAGUUGGGCUUGGGAGAGCUUCAGCUAGUGCAGGUGCCGGUUUCUGCUGUCCCGGUCACUGCUGCCACUGUGGAAGAGCUGCAAGGGACACUGGUUGAUGCCACUGCCAUGCCUAAAGACGGGGAGCCUGUCAUCUGUCACACCCUGCCAUUGCCUGAGGGCUUCCAGGUGGUCAAGGUGGGUGCAAAUGGAGAAGUGGAAACUGUGGAGCAAGACGAGCUCCAGGCCCAAGAGGAUCAGCCUCAACAGCAGGAGGAAGAGGAAAUGGCUGAAGCCCAAAAUGAAGACCCCGCGUGGUCCAAAGAUCCAGAUUACACGCCCCCUGUUAAAAAGGCUAAGAAGACCAAGAAAAGCAAGCUGCGCUACAACACGGAGGGGGAUAAAGACAUGGACGUGUCUGUGUAUGACUUUGAGGAGGAGCAACAGGAGGGACUGCUUUCUGAAGUCAAUGCUGAGAAAGUUGUGGGUAAUAUGAAACCACCUAAACCAACCAAAAUCAAGAAGAAAGGUGUUAAGAAGACAUUCCAGUGUGAGCUGUGCAGUUACACCUGCCCUCGCCGUUCCAAUCUGGAUCGCCACAUGAAGAGCCACACUGAUGAGAGGCCUCACAAGUGCCAUCUUUGUGGACGAGCCUUCAGAACUGUGACAUUGCUGAGGAACCAUCUAAACACUCACACAGGCACUAGACCACAUAAGUGCACUGACUGUGACAUGGCCUUCGUCACCAGUGGAGAGCUGGUGCGACACAGACGCUACAAGCACACUCAUGAGAAACCAUUCAAGUGCUCCAUGUGUGACUACGCUAGUGUAGAGGUCAGCAAGCUGAAGCGGCACAUUCGCUCCCACACUGGAGAACGUCCCUUCCAGUGCAGUCUGUGCAGCUAUGCCAGCAGAGAUACCUAUAAGCUGAAAAGACAUAUGAGGACCCACUCAGGAGAGAAGCCCUAUGAGUGCUAUAUCUGUCAUGCACGUUUUACCCAGAGUGGUACCAUGAAGAUGCACAUUCUGCAGAAGCACACAGAAAAUGUGGCUAAAUUUCACUGCCCUCAUUGUGACACGGUUAUUGCUCGCAAGAGCGAUCUUGGUGUGCACUUACGUAAGCAGCAUUCCUACAUUGAGCAGGGCAGGAAAUGUCGUUACUGUGAUGCGGUUUUCCAUGAGCGCUAUGCUCUCAUCCAGCAUCAGAAGUCCCACAAAAAUGAGAAGCGCUUCAAGUGUGACCAGUGUGACUACGCAUGCCGUCAGGAGCGCCACAUGGUAAUGCACAAGCGCACCCAUACUGGGGAGAAGCCAUACGCCUGCAGCCAAUGUGAGAAGACUUUCAGACAGAAACAGCUCCUGGAUAUGCACUUUCGGCGCUAUCAUGAUCCCAACUUUGUGCCCACAUCCUUUGUUUGCACCAAGUGUGGCAAGACCUUCACUCGCAGGAAUACCAUGGCCAGACAUGCAGAGAACUGCACUGGUGUGGAUUCUGCUGAUGGAGAGAACGGUACUCCACCCAAAAGGGCUCGUGGUGGCCGAAAGAGGAAGAUGCGCUCUAGAAAGGACGAUGACGACGAUGAUAGCGAUGAGCAUGGAGAACCUGACCUUGAUGACAUUGAUGAAGAGGAAGAGGAUGAUCUUCUUGACGAUGAACAGAUGGAUGUGGAACAGGCUCCACCCAGUGUUCCCAUGCCUGCACCAGCUGAACCUCCCGUUAAGAGGAAACGGGGCAGACCCCCCAAGAAUGCACCCAAGCCCUCACCUACAAAAUCUAUCGCCAAAACCACCACAGCAGCUGCUGCCAUUAUCCAGGUGGAGGAUGAAAGCACAGGGGCCAUUGAGAACAUCAUUGUGAAGAAGGAGCCCGAGGGCUCUGAUGCUACUGUAACUGCCCAGCCAGUGGUGGAGGAAGUGGAGGCAGUCGAGGCUGGUGUUGAAACAGUGCAGAUAGCUGUCCCUGAAGCUGCACCUAACGGUGAUCUUACUCCUGAAAUGAUCCUUAGCAUGAUGGACCGAUGAUCUGGGGAUGCGUGUGGACACACAGGCUGAUCACACAUGCUUGCUUAUAUGCACAUCCCCAUAUGUGUCCCCUGAAUUUAUAAAUAUAUAUAUACACACACAUGCAUACAUACUCACUUACAUCCCCCCCCCCCCCCUCACCUCCUUUAAUCCCAAGCUAAGGCCUCAUGUCCUUCAUCAAAUUUCUUAAAGAAUCCAUUGUUCCUCUUCCUUUUCCUAUAAAACUCCAAACUAUCAAUGUCCUAAAGUUCUUACAUUUUGUCUUCUCAUGAUGAUCACAAAGCUGCGCUUUUCUACUGUUUCUAUCACAUCAGUAGUUCAACUGCUGAGUUAUUUUUUUUGCUGUGUACUUGGAGAGGCCGGAUGAUUUUUGAGAGCAGGAAUAUCUCUAACAUAACGUGGUGUAAUACAUGCAUAUAGACUUUUCUUUUACCCAGCUAACCUUCUGUCUUCAUUUGUCCAUUCAAAUCUGACAUUAACAUGGCAAUAUUGAGAAACUAUAUCAUUUUGUGCCUGGUCAAGCCUUGCUAUCUAGAAUCGCUGUCACUGCUGUAGAAAUGGGUGUUUUUUUUACCCCUUCUGUCCAAGAAAAUCCUCUCAAUGUUUGACAUUUAUGAUGACUUUUAUUCCCUGUUUGUUCUUCAUGUGCUCUUUUACUGGUCACAGAUGAUAAUGUUAGGGAGCGUAGAAAUGUAGCCGCCGAAUUAUCAUGCCAGAGAUGAUGACAUCCAUCCAUAUGUUAAAAAAAAAAAAAAAACCUGCAGUUGAUACAUUUGUACAAAAGGUAAUCUUGGCUAGUCUUGCUUGUAAAUAAUUUUUAUUUUCUGUUUUAUUAUGAACAUUUUAAUCUUUUUCUAGUGAAUUGAUGACCUUGAAUGCUAGGCCAAUGGCUUUUAACAUUAGUUUGGAAACAUGCCACGGAAGGCUUUCAAAUGACUUGUGGCGGAAAAAUAAAAGCCUGAACAAUCAUGUAGGCUGCAUAACCCCUUUUCUUUCUGUCCUUCCGUAGCCUGAAUCGUUGCAUUUGAGUCUGCUCAACUCGCUUGAUGGGGAAGGGUUGCUUAGUCUUUUUAUGAGAGAGUGGCUUUACUAUCGUUCUACCUAACGGACAGGCUUCCUUGUUGGAUUUUGCUCUAGCUUUUGUAAAAGGAAGAAAAGGGACAGAACUGGGCAGGUACAGCAACGUGCAUGACUCCAAUCAUUUUGAUCUGUUUUGAUGUGGUCGUGUUCCCAACAACCACCCCUAACAUUAAACCGUUUGUGACACGAGUUGUUAAUUUCAUGGCAUUCUGGAAGGAGACUUAAAGUUUACAAUAGGUUUUUCAGACCACAUUUAAUUUAAGAAGUUUAAUAUGAGUGUUCGAGGAAGCUAUUUUGAUAUGAGCUGUUUCUAGAAGAGGAAGCUUGGAUAGGAUAUUUGUAAAAAGUUAUCACUUGUUCAAAAGAGCAAUGUCCUUAUUUCUGAUCGUUUUGUUUUUCAGAUUCAGAAUGAAGUUUUCCUCCAACAUGUAAUUGCAUUUAAAUUGCUUUUUUAAGCUCUUAAUUCUAGGUUAACGCUUUUGUUUUUUUUUUCUUUAACCUAGCUGUACUAUUUGAAUUUUACAAUGGUCAGAAAACCAACCUUAUAAAGACAUUUAUUUUGGCUGUAAGGGUAUAUAGAGGGCCUAUAAGGUAAGAUGGUGUGGAGAAUGUAUUGCUGUACAGCUAAUAAAAAAAAUAUUGUCCUUAUCAA